GUGAAGAUGCUGUGUGUGAUAGUGAUGAGCAUAAGGGUGGCGCUGGCGGGUGGGGGGUUGACCUGAUGGCACCCUUUUAUGAGGACGAGGUUAAGAGUGUCGACGGUGAUGGUGACUCUCAUCCGCAUCAGGAUAUUGGAGACCAUGGCAAGAGGGGAUAUGCCCUUGAUGAGGCAGGUGAGUGGGAGGUGAAGUUGGGGUUAAUGGACGGACUAGACUGCCCUCACCGCGCAGCGCCUGACGAUCGGAAUCAAGAUCACAAUCAAGAAUACAAUCAACAUGACAGGGGGGGUGAGAAGCAUGCUGUGGACAACUGUGUAUACCAAGAAAAAGUCUCUAUUCACCGCGGCCAGGUGGAUGAUGGAGAUGGCCGCUCUGCUGAAGGAGUCUGUAUUCACCGCGGCCAGGUGGAUGAUGGAGAUGGCCGCUCUGCUGAUCUGCUCGAUGACGAUGCUAUUCACCGUGGCCAGGUGGAUGAUGGAGAUGGCCGCUCUGCUGACGUGCUCGAUGACGACGGAGGUUACCCAAAACAGUGCCAGAUAAUCGGAACUGCUCGAUGACGACGGAGGUUACCCAAAACAGUGCCAGAUAAUCGUUUCGGAUCGGCAAAGGGAAGUGCCUGGUAAGGUGCAAAAGAUA